AUGGCGUAUUUUUGUCACAAUUUGUCCAGUGUGACUUCCAUCAUCAUAUACUUAGGGUUUUCAAAUACCUAUUUCAGAGAAGAUCUUCCUCUUCACAUUGUGGCAGACUUGCACGGAUGCCUUACUCAAGUGUUGCGACUGUUCAGAUAUUGCGGUUCUCCACACAAGGAAACAUUCCUUUUUCUAGGAGACUAUGUUGAUAGGGGAGUCCAGGGUGUGGAACUCAUUACUCUCCUGUUCUGCCUAAAAGUUCGCUAUCCCACUCAGGUUUACCUACUUCGUGGUAAUCAUGAAGACGCUAACACUACCCUCAAUUACGGCUUUUUUGAUGAAUGCCUUUUUAAGUGCAACGAUCGAAACGGUGACAAGGUUACCAUCGUCGCCGGCACAAUCUUCUGCGCACAUGGAGGAAUAUCGCCAUUUAUUAAAAGUCUUGAAGACAUAAAUAAGAUAAAACGCCCAUCAGUGGUUCCGGCAUACGGCAUCGGAUGCGACCUACUCUGGUCAGACCCGUCUACACUUGGAGAUGGUUGGAUUCUAAGCCAUCGUGGUAUCUCAUUCCUGUUUGGACAAAAGGCCGUCGACGAGUUCUGUCUUAAGCACAAUGUCGAUAUUAUUUUACCCUCGUCUUCAAAGACGUUGUUUUUCCAGAUGUACAAGAAUGGCUACCGAAUAUCAUUCGAUGGACGACUGGUUACUUUGUUCAGCGCACCGAAUUAUAUGAAUUACAAGAAUAAUUCUUGUAUCGUCACAGUAUCAGAACGUGUGAAUUAUUUCUGGCAUUCCUUAGAAAGCGUUUUAUUACAAAUCCAAACAUAG